UAACUUACAUUUUUUUUUUCUUUUUUUCUUUUUUUUUUUUUUUUUUUUUCUCUUCGAGAAAGGAAUUGAUAAUGUCUUCUCAAAUUUCAAUUCUCCUACUUCAAUUAUGAAAGCCAAUCACAUUCCUCAUACUAAAGCGUUCUAUUGCAAAUUUUCAUCCUAGCAUUUGGACUAAUCAUUUCCUUUCAUCUACCUUUGAUGAUGCAUGAAAGUAGAUGAUGAAAUGAAAGAACGAGCUGAAAAGUUGAAAGAAGAAAUACGGAUGAUGGUGGUUGAUUACAUGGAAAACCCAUUGGAGAAGUUAAAGUUAGUUGAUUCAAUCCAACGGCUAGGUGUAUCUUAUCAUUUUGAAAAUGAGAUCGACAAAUUCUUACAACAAUUAUAUGUGUCUUAUACAACUUUAUUGACUAAAGAGAAUGGUGAAGAUCUUCAUAUUACUGCUCUUCUAUUUCGACUUCUUAGACAACAAGGUUAUAGGAUCUCAUGUGAAAUAUUCUCAAACUUCAUGGACAACAAUAGAAAAUUUAAAGAAUCAUUGGGUGAUGAUAAAAGAGGAAUUUUGAGCCUAUAUGAAGCAUCACAUAUGAGGGGACAUGGAGAAGCUGUGCUUGAGGAAGCACUUGAAUUUACUACCACACAUCUUGAAAGAUAUUCAAAAUCAAAUCCUCAUUUUGCAGCUGAACUUAGCAAAGCCUUGAAAUUGCCUAUUAGAAAAGAUAUUUCAAGAAACAAGGCAAGAGAGUAUUUGGAUAUCUACCAACAAGAUCCUUCCCACGAUGAGACUUUGCUUAUAUUCUCAAAACUAGACUUCAACAUAUUACAAAAACUUCAGCAAAAGGAGCUAUGUGAAAUUUCCAGGUACUGCUGCAAUUAUAUGCGCUUCUAUUUUUUGUAUCAAGCAUGCUAACUGGCUUGACUUUGUAGAACUAUUUUUUUUAUUUCUUAGGAGCUUUCUAAUUUUUCUAUUUUUAAAAAACUGAUUUCCAUAACUUUAGAAUGGUCUUUCAAAGAGAUCUUUAUUUCCACUCUCUUUCCUUUUAAUUUCCAAAUGUUUAUCCUCUGAAGAAGUUUAUGAUCAACCAAUAUUUUUAAAACCUGAUUUCCAUAACAGCAUCGCGGUGCCACAAUACGACCCCACAGGCUCAUAUUGAAUCUGCACGACAUGUGAAGUUCUUUUGUCGUAGUGCCACUCAACAGCGAUAUGACACUAACCUGAAACCUCCUGCGUAGUGUUGUAAAGCACCAUGACGCACCUUUUUUGAGCAAAUUGGUCUUGUUUUCCUCCCUACUUUAGAGGUUUAGCCUUGUCUUGAUUUUAUUGGACAAAGAUAAUAUAUUUUCACUCUAUUAACCUCCAAAUCACGUUCUUUUGCUCAAAGUCUAAAAAUCACUAGUAAAUGACAUCAAAUAUAAUAAUAUUAAGCAUAAACAACUCUAAAAAAAAGGCAAUGUCAUAAUGCCGAAAGAAACAUCUGAAACCGAGACCCAAACACCAAAAAAUACCUCUGCAAACAGACACCCACUGAAUAGAUUCUUCUCCAGCAGCGUUUUCCUCUCUCUCACCGCCUAUCUAUUUCUUUCUCUCUCUAUGUAUUCCAAUAUGUGGUAGCCCUCUCUUUUGGCCCGUUUGGUUCAUGAGAAUAAGAGGUGGGAAUGGAAAAUGAUAUUCUAUUACCAUGUUUGAUACAAGUUUUUAACCUUGGGAAUGAGAAUAUCUUAUUCCAAGGCAUUUCAUAUUCUCAUCCCUGGAGAUUUUUCAUAACCACUCAAAUUGAAGAGUUUUUUCCAUUUCCAAUAAUUUUAUUCGUUUUUCUUCUUUAUUGAUAUUUGUUAAUUUAUUUAACUUUGAUAAAUAUAUUUAAUUCAUUUAGCCAAUUUCGAUAAAAUCAACUUUCAAGAAUUACAUUUAAGAUUUAUUAAAAGUAGGAGUAAACCUACACAAAUAUCAGACUACAGGGACAAAAGUUGUAUUUUAUUAUUAUCGUUUUUAUUAUUUAGUGUCUAACCAUUCCAUCCAUAUGUGUCUUUCC